GAAGGAUUGACUCGGAGAUGGAUCGAAUUACACCAUUUGCCGAGCCUCGGUUUGUUUUGCUCCUGCUUCGUCCCGCUGCUCCUGCGGCGGCUGCUGCUGCUGCUGCUGACGCUGCUGCAAGGACUGCUGGUGGCGAGUUUCAGGAUUAUAUCGAGGGAGCCAAGACCUAAAGACACAGAGGGACAUACAUGUCUAUUUUCUAUUUUGUUCCUUUAUUUUCUUUUUUCCUUGCACGUGACAAGCUUUAUUUUUACCAGCCUCCCCUCAUGAGGUAGUUAAGUGGGAUUUCUGAGGAGGGGCUGCUCUGACUUGACCUUGGCCCACCAUGAGGUUCUUCCUGCUUUGUGCCUACAUGCUGCUCCUGAUGAUCUCCCAGCUGAGGGCAGUCAGCUUUCCUGAGGAUGAUGAGCCCCUUAAUACUGUUGACUAUCACUAUUCAAGGCAAUAUCCGGUUUUUAGAGGACGCCCUUCAGGCAAUGAAUCGCAGCACCGGCUGGACUUUCAGCUGAUGUUGAAAAUUCGAGACACACUUUAUAUUGCUGGCAGGGAUCAAGUUUAUACAGUAAACUUAAAUGAAAUCCCCAAAACAGAAGUAAUACCGAGCAAGAAACUGACAUGGCGGUCAAAGCAACAGGAUCGAGAGAACUGUGCUAUGAAAGGCAAACAUAAAGAUGAAUGCCACAACUUUAUCAAAGUAUUUGUCCCAAGAAACGACGAGAUGGUUUUUGUAUGUGGUACCAACGCAUUUAAUCCCAUUUGUAGAUUCUACAGGUUGAAUACCUUAGAGUAUGAUGGGGAAGACAUUAGUGGCCUGGCAAGAUGCCCAUUUGAUGCCAAACAAACCAAUGUUGCCCUUUUUGCUGAUGGGAAGCUAUAUUCUGCCACGGUGGCUGACUUCUUGGCCAGUGAUGCUGUUAUUUACCGAAGCAUGGGCGAUGGAUCUGCCCUUCGCACAAUAAAAUAUGAUUCCAAAUGGAUAAAAGAACCACACUUUCUUCAUGCCAUAGAAUAUGGAAACUAUGUCUAUUUCUUCUUUCGAGAGAUUGCUGUGGAACAUAAUAACUUAGGCAAGGCUGUCUAUUCCCGUGUGGCCCGCAUAUGUAAGAACGACAUGGGUGGCUCCCAGCGGGUCCUGGAGAAACACUGGACUUCGUUUCUGAAGGCUCGGCUUAACUGCUCCGUCCCUGGGGAUUCGUUUUUCUACUUCGAUGUCCUGCAGUCUAUUACAAAUAUAAUGCAAAUCAAUGGCAUCCCCACGGUGGUCGGGGUGUUCACCACACAGCUCAACAGUAUUCCUGGGUCUGCUGUCUGUGCAUUUAGCAUGGAUGACAUUGAGAAAGUAUUCAAAGGACGAUUUAAAGAACAGAAAACUCCAGAUUCUGUUUGGACAGCAGUCCCCGAAGACAAAGUACCAACACCAAGGCCUGGCUGUUGUGCAAAGCAUGGCCUUGCUGAAGAUUAUGAAACCUCUAUCGGUUUCCCGGAUGAAACCCUGCUGUUCAUCAAAUCCCACCCCCUGAUGGACUCUGCCGUCCCACCCAUUGCAGAGGAGCCCUGGUUCACAAAGACUCGGAUCAGGUACAGGCUGACAGCCAUUGCCGUGGACCAUUCCGCCGGACCCCACCAGAACUACACUGUCAUCUUUGUUGGCUCAGAAGCUGGCGUGGUACUUAAAAUUUUGGCAAAGACCAGUUCUUUCUCUCUGAAUGACAGCGUAUUACUGGAAGAGAUUGAAGCAUACAACCAUGCAAAGUGUAAUCCUGAGAACGAGGAGGACAGAAAGGUCAUCUCAUUACAGCUGGAUAAAGAUCACCACACUUUGUAUGUGGCAUUCUCGAGCUGCGUAAUCCGCAUGCCCCUCAGCCGCUGCGAGCGUUAUGGAUCAUGUAAAAAGUCUUGUAUUGCAUCUCGAGACCCCUACUGUGGCUGGUUAAGCCAGGGGACCUGUGGUAGAGUCACCUCAGGGAUGCUCGCUGGAGGAUACGAACAGGACACGGAAUACGGCAACACGGCCCACCUCGGGGACUGCGAUGAAAUUUUGCCUACUUCAACUACACCAGAUUACAAAAUAUUUGGCGGUCCAACAUCUGACAUGGAGGUAUCUUCAUCUUCUGUUACCACAGUAGCAAGUACCCCACAAAUCACACGCAAAGUGGUUGAUACCUGGAGACCUAAACUGACGAGCUCCCGGAAAUUUGUAGUUCAAGAUGACCCACACACUUCUGAUUUUACUGAUCCUUUAUCAGGUAUCCCAAAGGGUGUACGAUGGGAAGUUCAGUCUGGAGAGUCCAACCAGAUGGUCCACAUGAAUGUCCUCAUCACCUGUGUCUUUGCCGCUUUUGUUUUGGGUGCGUUCAUUGCAGGGGUGGCUGUGUACUGCUAUCGUGAUAUGUUCGUUCGGAAAAACCGGAAGAUCCACAAAGAUGCAGAGUCUGCCCAGUCGUGCACAGAUUCCAGCGGAAGUUUUGCCAAACUGAAUGGUCUCUUUGACAGCCCCGUCAAGGAAUAUCAGCAGAAUAUUGAUUCUCCCAAAUUGUAUAGUAACCUGCUGACCAGUCGGAAAGAGCUGCCGCCCACCGGAGAUACGAAAUCCAUGGUCAUGGACCAUCGAGGCCAACCCCCUGAGCUGGCUGCACUCCCCACGCCUGAGUCCACACCUGUGCUGCACCAGAAGACCCUGCAGGCCAUGAAGAGCCACUCAGACAAGGCCCAUGGCCAUGGAGCUUCAAGGAAAGAAACCCCCCAGUUUUUUCCUUCUAGUCCUCCGCCCCACUCCCCACUAAGUCACGGGCAUAUCCCCAGUGCCAUUGUUCUUCCUAACGCUACCCACGACUACAACACGUCCUUCUCAAACUCCAAUGCUCACAAAGCUGAAAAGAAGCUUCAACACAUUGACCACCCUCUUACGAAGUCCUCCAGUAAAAGAGAUCACCGGCGUUCUGUGGAUUCCAGGAAUACCCUCAAUGAUCUCCUGAAGCAUCUGAAUGAUCCAAAUAGUAACCCCAAAGCCAUCAUGGGAGACAUCCAGAUGGCCCACCAGACCCUAAUGCUGGAUCCCGUGGGACCUAUGUCUGAGGUCCCGCCCAAGGUCCCUAACCGGGAAGCAUCGCUCUACUCUCCUCCUUCAACUCUCCCUAGAAAUAGCCCAACCAAGCGAGUGGACGUCCCCACCACUCCUGGGGUCCCCAUGACCUCUCUGGAAAGACAAAGAGGUUACCACAAAAACUCCUCCCAGAGGCACUCUAUAUCUGCCAUGCCUAAAAACUUAAACUCACCCAAUGGUGUUUUGUUAUCGAGACAGUCUAGCAUGAACCGUGGCGGGUACAUGCCCACACCCACAGGGGCGAAGGUGGACUACAUUCAGGGCACACCAGUGAGUGUUCACCUGCAGCCUUCCCUCUCCAGACAGAGCAGCUACACCAGUAAUGGCACCCUUCCUAGGACGGGGCUAAAGAGGACACCGUCCUUAAAACCUGACGUGCCACCAAAGCCUUCAUUUGCUCCUCAAACCACCUCUGUCAGACCACUGAACAAAUACACUUACUAGGUCUUCAGUGUGCUGUUCCCCGUGUGGCUUUUUGCUGUCCCCGUUGUUGCGAGGAUGAUGUUGUAAGGGUACCUUAAGAUAAGAGACUCGCUUGUCUUUUAAGAGAACCAAGUGGCCAAAGAAACUCUCCCACUUUGGCAACAUCUGAACUUGCCACAUGUAGCUACUGCAGCGAGGCUUCUGUGUACUCGCCUGGAAACAAAGGAAGGUGCUGGCCAUUCCAUUUCUUUUGUUUGAAGCUGAAGAGAAGUAUAGCUCCAGCUCCGAGGGGCUACCUUCCCGGGGUAAAGAGCUGAUACAGUGUGCAGAAGAAUCUGUGAGCAAAUACUUGAAAAUGGGUUCAACUGAGACUGCCAUUAUUAUGGGUGGUCUUCCCAUUCAAUGUGAACAUUUUAAUAUGUAUGCAUUCACCUUGCCUCUUGCACAAAUGUCAAAAACAAUGGUAAUGUCUCAAAGAAACAAACUUGUAGAUUACCAAACAAUUUGCUAAAUAUUCAGUCUUUGACCCAAACUGUAGCAUUUUUUUUCAUGUGGGGCAAUUUUUUUCAUGCCACCAAUGAACUGUGUGUGUGUAUGUGUGCGUGUGUGCGCGUGUGUGCGUGUGGGUGCAUCCUGUACCCUCUAGGAUGUGGUUAGGUGCCCAUUGCAUCUUUUUGUGCUAUGGAGUUGUUUACAUUGAGCAUGACUGAACAAGAGACAAUAACUACUUCCCACAGCAGUCCAUUGGGUUCGGCUUUGAGAAAUAAAUACAAUGAAGGCUGAUUUGACCAUCACUAUGAUUGACUUACAUGGUACCCAAUGCCAGAAUGUAAGCGUUCUAAGUAAUUUUGUGCUGCUAUUCAUUAAAACUUCUAUUACAGUCUUGCCAGCUUAAGGAGAGAGAGAUGUGAAGAGGUAUCCUUGAUUUAUCCAACAGUAUUCAGUAGUAAAACUUACCUGUCCACUGUGAAUCCGAGACUGAGUCACUCUAUUUAACCUUUGACACACUAAUAAGGUUUUAGUUUGAUUGUGUUUGGUUUUUCCCAUGUAGUAAAAUUUCUCUUCCUUUAACUCCUCCUACCCCCAAGAUUUAAAAUUGAAAAAAAGAAAAAAAGACAAGAGAGGGAAA